AUGCGUUCCUUCAAGGCUAUAUUGAUCCUUCUUACUCUUCUUUGUGCUCUUUCGACCGUCAAAGCACGUAUGGUACUGCAAUUUCCAACUCCUCGAGGAACAAUUGUAGAUUUUCUUAAGGAUCCUCCAUGUGCUUCGUACAAUAGUACUAACGUUUCUGCUAUCACAACCUUCCCUCUGAAUGGAGAAGCAAUUAUGCUGUUCUCUAGUGGUGAAGGAAAUCUAGUUUACUAUUACGCUCCCAACAGUAACGGCACAUUUACCAAAGUGGCCGAACCGGUUACCCUGAUAAAAAAUGAUACUUAUCCGCGCAGCGUUACUAAGAGGGUAGACCUGACAUUGGCUGGUGCUAAAGCUGGCGAUCAAGGUGUCCUGCAAGGCGUCUACGUCUCAUUAAAAAAUGACACAGCUUGGUAUCAAUGUGGCGAUAUUAAGAUUGCAGAUGCGCUGCAGUCGUCAGUGGUACCGUACUGA